UGUAUGUUGCGCGCAGUUGGUUUGGGAACAAGUUCCAUUCCAACUCUGCAAUACCAAAACCUUUCAUUUUUACAUUUCUUCUUCUUCCUCUCUCCGUUUCAUAACACAUACAUUUCAUUCUCUUCGUUUGCUGUUCAUAGGUUCUGAAUUUCAUAUUCCUAAUUACUUGUGUUGUGACUCUGGUUCCUUGGAAAUCAAAGAUGCCAGGUAUUGUUACAAUUGAAGCAAAUGAAAUGAAUGAGUUUGAGAACCCUUCCACCUCCUCUAAGGACAUUUUAAAUCAAAUUAUUUCACCAAGGAAAUCCAUGAUUCCACAAAUACUUGCACCAAAUUCUGAAUAUGCACGUGAUAAACGACCUUCUCGUCAAUCGCCCUCAUCCCGAAGCUUUGGAUCUGAGAGUGAUGGAUCAAUAAUUUAUUCAGAAUUCAGGAAGGUGGAGACAGUGAAAGAUGAAAUGGAGAAAGAGACAGAAGGGGAUUCUAGCCGUGAAGCAUCUUCUCACCUUGCAACUUCAAGAUCUCUUUCUUCAAAAUCAAGAACUAUGGGAAAAACUCCUUCUACAAAACCUCCUAUUGAAAAGAAGAAUGAUAACAAUCCUUUGAGAAAACAAAAUGCAGGAGUUACUAGUAAUGUCACAAAGUCAAAGAGUUCUUCGUCUAUGGGAAAAUCAAGGUCACAAAGUCGAGUUGAGAAUUCAAAUGAAUCAACAUUAUGUAAUCCUGAGCUUGGAUCAUUUUUACUAAAGCAAGCAAGGGAUCUAAUUUCAUUAGGAGAAAAUCCGCCGAAAGCUCUUGAAUUAUCCCUUCAAGCACUGAAAUUGUUUGAGAAAUCUGCUAACGGGAAACCGAGUUUGGACCUGGUUAUGUGUUUACAUGUUACUGCCGCAAUAUAUUGCAGUUUAGGCCAUUACAAUGAGGCAAUUCCAAUUAUAAAGCGCUCAAUCGAGAUUCCUAUCAUCGAAGAAGGCCAACAACAUGCCAUGGCGAAAUUUGCCGGUCAUAUGCAACUUGGAGACACUUAUGCUAUGCUAGGCCAGCUUGAGAAUUCAAUUAUGUGUUAUAAUAGAGGGUUGGAUGUGCAAAGACAGGUUUUGGGAGCAACAGACUCAAGAGUUGGUGAAACUUGUAGGUAUGUGGCAGAAGCUAAUUUUCAAGCAAUGCAAUUUGAUGAGGCAGAGAGGUUGUGUCAAAUUGCUCUUGAUAUUCAUAGAGCAAAUGGUUCACCUUCUUCUCUUGAAGAAGCAGCUGAUAGAAGGUUGAUGGGGCUUAUAUGUGAAACUAAUGGAAAUCAUGAAGCAGCAUUGGAACACCUUGUUUUAGCAAGCAUGUCAAUGGUAUCAAAUGGUCAGGAAGUGGAAGUUGCGUCUGUUGAUUGCAGUAUUGGCGACACAUUUUUAUCGUUGGCUCGAUAUGAUGAGGCCAUCUUGGCUUAUAAAAAGGCAUUGGCAGUUUUCAAGACUCACAAAGGAGAGAACCAUCCUGUGGUUGGAUCGGUCUAUGUACGUCUUGCCGAAUUGUAUAGUAGGACAUGGAAGAUAAGGGAAUCAAAAUCAUAUUGUGAGAGUGCACUGAAAAUCUAUGAAAAUCCAAUGACUGGUGUCCCUCCUGAUGAGAUUGCUAGUGGUUUUGUAAAUGUUGCAGCUAUUUACGAGUCAAUGAAUGAGCUUGAGCAAGCACUCAAGUUACUGCACAAGGCACUAGAGAUACAUAAUGAUGCCCCUGGACAACAGAACACAAUUGCAGGAAUUGAAGCUCAAAUGGGGGUUAUAUAUUAUGUGUUGGGAAACCAGAAUGAAUCUUACAAUGCUUUCAAGAAUGCUGUCUCAAAGCUUCGUGCCACGGGAGAGAGAAAAUCAGCUUUCUUUGGUAUUGUUCUUAAUCAAAUGGGACUUUGUUGUGUACAACUUUGUGCCUUAAAUGAGGCUGCAAAUUUAUUUGAAGAAGGUAAGGUUGUUCUUGAACAAGAGUAUGGACCCUAUCACCCUGAAACACUUGGUGUAUAUAGCAAUCUGGCUGGCACAUAUGAUGCACUUGGCAGGGUGGAGGAUGCAAUUGAUAUUAUGGAGUACAUUGUAGCUGUGAGGGAGGAAAAGCUUGGGACAGCAAACUUUGAAGUUGUUGAUGAGAAGAGAAGGUUGGAUGAGUUGUUGAAGGAAACGGGAAGAGUUAGGAACAGAAAAACCACGUCACUUGAGCUCCUUCUUGAUGUUAAUAUGAUAGACAUUGAGGACUAAUGAUGGAAACUUCAUGCUUGAAUGUAGCUCUAGAAAAGCUAGGUCAAAAAGCAUAAUUGAUAAACAAAGAACUGGUCAUGAUGUCAUGGUGGUAGUUUUAUGGAGCUGAAAUGAAAAUGAUUGAAGUUUAAUGAUUUAUUUGUACUAAAUUAUGCUAUAUUAUUUGUACAUACAAUGUAACUAAUCGCAUUCUUCCUUUUCAGAUU